CAUUUAAGAAAGCCCGCAAAUCAUUCGGUGGCUGACGCUGCGAAAGGAGAAGAUGGCAGCACAUGUCUCGAGUUGAACCCAGGUGACCUGUGAGUGAGCGAGCUUAGAGCCUCAGAUGGCUGGUCACAUGUUGCUUGCCUUCCAAAGCGCCAAAAGGGAGUCAGUGUUUUGAGACUGACAAAGGUUCGGGCGCUUUUCACAUCCACUUUGCCACAUGACACGUGCGCUUUGCAUCUUUUGGAGGUGUUUGGCUUCGCAUUUGGGCCGAAACCCGAGGCGCCGAUUCAACAUUUACCAGGAGCUGUGUUUUGGGCUGCUGUACCGAGGCUUGCAAUUCUUCCCUGGCACACUUAUGUCGCCGGCGACAUUCUAUUGCCUGUGUGUCUUCGUGGUGUACGGCUUUGGCUUGCUCGCCUUUUUCAGCAUGCUGGGCAGUGCUGCCGAAGUGGUGCUGGCGGGCGCUUUGUAUGUGAGCGGUUUGGAGGAGUGCACUCACGUGGCCUUCAUGCCGCCUCUCCGCGAGAACUGUGCCAUGACCUUUUGGUUCGUCAGCCUUUGGGCCCUUCAGGACCUUCACAAGAAGCAGGCCAAGGCUGACUUUGCUUUGACGGCAGGCCUUCGCUUCCUCCUCAGCGUGACGAUGUUUGUCUUGCUUUGGCAAUUCGCCUGCUUUGCCUUGCUUCUGCAGGCCUUCGCGCUCUACGCCAUGCUACUGCUGGGCCUUUUAGAGGCAUCCUUUGUGGCUUGGGCUUCUCGCCUUCACGCGUGUGGCACGCUUCUGGCAAGCUUGCUGCGCCUGGGCGAUACGUGGCCGCUGAGGUCACCCUUCUUUUCUUUGGCCGUGGCUUUCAGCAUGUGCAAGGGCCGCUGCAGCGCGGUGCUUUGUGGUGGUCUUGCCCUUCUGCUACACCGGCUCGUUGCCUGCGAGGAUGAUGCGCACAUCCAGGACUUUUUGCGAUAUCGACUGCAGGCCAUCCUCCACACGGUCGGCGACAAACCGCCGCCCGUCGCAAGCUACCACGCAGCGCUCUACGCCGGGCAGCGCAGCUUCAGCUCACCGCAACUGGCAGAGCUGCGCCGGCCGCUGCUUUACGCAGGGCUUUUGGGCAUCGCCUCCUUCCGGCCGCGGUUUGAGCAUCAGCUGCAGUCCCUCCUGGCCUUGGCGACAGCACCACUGUACCUUCUCAUGAUGCGCUACCAAAUGCUCUUCUUCCCGCAGAUGGUCCUGCUGGGCGGCUCCUGCGCCACCUUUCUGCCGCCAUGGCUUCGCUUGCCGUUGGCCAUGGGAGUCUUUGCGCUCUCAGAGGGCAGCGUGCCGUGGCGAGGUCAAGCGAGUGCAUUCCUGGAGGACAAGGUGGAGAGAGAUGUGCUGAUGUCCUGGAUCAGGAACUACACUGCUCCAGAAGAUGUCAUAAUCUCUGGCAUGGGCGUGUCUGCUUUGGUUCGGCUUCAUGCACUCCGGGGCAUUGUGUGCCACCCGCACUAUGAGUCUGCGCAGCUUCGAGAACGAUGCUUUUGGGCCGACAAGCUGCAUGGCCACAGGACCCUGGAGGAGUACCAUGCAAUCAUCCGACAGCGGCUGCUACCAGGUUUCAACGGGCGGGCCUUUGUGGCGGUCUCUGUGAAGGACUGCUUCAGCGUCAAUGAGGCAGGGCAGGUCGUGUCUGGCCUGGUGGAGGUUGACGAGCCUUGGCGGAGAACGCGGCCCAAGACCUGCGACCUUCUCUACCAGCUAGCUGCAAAGAAGGGCUUGGGCUUCCAGCCCCGAUGGCUUGGCCGCUGGUUCGCCCUGCUGGAGUUUUUGCCCGGAGGUGUAGGGCAGCCGCUGCAGUUCUCGCAGGCCACGAGGUGUGCGUUUGGGCGCUAUCUCUACGAAGAGAAGGGUGACGCAAUGGCUGCGGAGCACUUCCAGAAGAUUGGCCAGAGCUGGCGCAAGCUGGCGCCGGCCUGCGGCUGCGCCGCAGAGCUCUUUGGGCCUGCGCAGGACAUCCACAUUGCCCACUCCUGGGCGGUGGAAGAGGAGCGCAGAGGCUUUGGAUGCUGCCCCAUGAGCCCGAAGUUCUCCACAUGCUUGUCCGACAAGGCCUUCCGCUUGCUGCGCCAGGGACAGUCUCCAGCGCUGGCGGAGCUGUAUUUUCAAAAGGCGGCCGAGCUCGCACCGUCCUCGCCGAAAGCCCAUGGUUUCUUGGGCUUUGCCAGGCUUCAAGCUGGUAUGGCUUUGGAGGCCCAGCAGAGCUUUCAACGGGCGUUGCAGCUGGAGGAAACACCGACAGACACCACCAAGUGCGGCGGGCUAAUCCUCAGCCCCGCCAGGUGGCGAGGCACUAUCUCGAGUCAGACCGGCCUUGGCCAGCUGGCCGGGGCCCGCUUGGCUUUGAAGGAGCUGCCGAGCUGCCGACAGCACCUCCAAGGC